AUGAUAUUAUUUUCGCGCCACCUCCGAAGCUUGACGUCUUGUUCCACGCGUCGUUUGCCGUCUGAUGCGAUGACCGGAGAAGUUGGUAAGGUGAGGUCGAAGAGGGUCAUGGCCUUGAUUCCUUCCUCGGGCGGCGAUUGCGUUUCGCUGACCUUGACGUCUUGUUCCACGCGUCGUUUGCCGUCUGAUGCGAUGACCGGAGAAGUUGGUAAGGUGAGGUCGAAGAGGGUCAUGGCCUUGAUUCCUUCCUCGGGCGGCGAUUGCGUUUCGCUGACAACGAAUCACAUGAACAAGGGCAAGGCCCAAAGGGAUCGUCGGAAGCUUCGCGAGAAAAGGCGAUCAACCGGUGUUGUCCACCUUCCAUCAACCGAGAAAAGACAUCGUUUGUUCGUCGAACUGAAAAGGAUGUUUUCUGACGAAUUUGAGAGUAAGACGCUGUGUUCCAUCCCUCCUUUGAACCAAGAGGCGGAUGAAUUGGAUGCUACCAAGACUUCUCGAGUGCAUUUUGGGAUUGCUUUGGGUUUGACACCAAGCUUGUUUUCUUGGCAGUCGACUGGUGGAAGCACAGGAGAAGACGAAGAUGAAGAUUGUGGAGCUGCGGAGACACGAAAGAACACCCAACAUAACGAGUUUGCCUCGGAUUCAAUGCAUUCCAAGCACGGCCAGGACGCCGUCAGAGAACACUUGAAACUUCAGCACACGAGUGCGUCGGAUUUGGAGGCGGACGACGAGGAGAAUGGCGCCUCAGGGUCGCGCUCGUCGGCCAACAACGAUGAGGAUUCUCCAGCUCGUGAAAAUGGCGCCGUUACCGUCGUUCCUCCCGUGGACCCUCGACGUUCCGACGACGUUUUUAUGUUGUUGGAGCGAUCGUUGGAGGAGAACCAGAAACUUUCGCAAAUGCUUGAAGCCCGUGACAAGGAAGUGGCCGCGUUGUCAGCAUCUCUUCAGCAACUCAAAGCACGAAUGGGCCAGACAAUCGACGAAUCCUCAAGACUCCGCGAAGAAAACGCUGCCCUCAUCAAAGCCAUGGGAUCGUUGUCAAAUAACGAUUGAGAAGAACAAGAUACAGAAAAAAAAAGAGUUUGUGACGUUCGCUUGCCGUAUCAGUCGUUUCAUGUAUCCGUUUCUCGCACGUACGAUUUUUUUUUUCAAUUGGCUUCACUCUACGGGGUGAUUUAUUUUUUUUUCGAUCUGAUGCUGGUGUAUUAUUUUUUGCGACGCAAAAGCCGAGUUGCAGUUUCUUUUCUUUUUGCGAAUGAUCCUGAGUGUUGGGAUGAGACGCGAAGAGUUGGUGUGAUUUCGAACUGUGGGGUUUUCUCCUUCCUUUUUUUUUUUUUUGUUCCAGGAUGGGGCCAGUGAGAAAAUUGUGAGCUAAUUAAUAUUUUGUGUUUUUCGAAUAUUUGGAAGUUCGCACAUCGCCCGUAACACUGGUUUUUUUUUAUGUUUUCAGAGGUUUCGUGAGCCAAAUUCGAUUCGCUGAGUUUUGAUUUCCUUCCAAAUUGGUAUCUGAGGGAUUUAUCUCAUAAUUUGUAGUAUGAUUUAUUUUUAUUCGCUAGAAAGUUAUCACUGGCGGUUUUUUUUUAUCGAGGUAGUUGAUACGAUUCUGUUCGUGAUUUUAAGCACGCGGUCCCAACUCAAUGAUUUUUUUUACACUGAGUAGAUGUCGCCUGUACAAUUUGUUGCUCUCGAAGCAUUGUAUUCUACAGUAUCUAAGCUCAGUUUAGGUUGGGUUGUAAGUCGAGUUAAUUAGGACUACUUGAGUUUCAGGUAUUUGGAUUGGUCUGUUUUAAGCAGGCUGGUCAGACAUUUUCUUCAGAGUUUUUACACUUGUCUCUAGAUUGUGCAGCAUUGCCUUGUGCUGAACGAAGUCAACGAACAUUUUAAAUUACGGAUCUAUCCGAAACUGUUUUAUGCGUCCCAGAUAAUUAAAGGUCCAAAUGUUUCCCUGCUCUCGAAAAAAAAAAACUAGUGUAUAUUAAAGUUCGGAGAAUUUUUGUCCGGUUUGUGAUGAGGCGAAACCCUUCUGACAUUUCGGGAGCCUGGAUGGAAUGUUCCAACACUAGCAGCUUUCUUUGAUGGUUCAGGAAGAUUUACAUGUUUGAAUAAUUUUCCAUUAAUUAUGUUUAUAAAUUAUGUCUUCCAAGCCUUCUAAUUUUUGCCUUUGUAAUAGUGUAUUUGUGUUCGUAAUUCAACGGAUUAGAUUUUUUUGUCUGUUACAACUUUGAUUUCAAGUUUGUAUGCUUAAUUUUUUAAAUUAUAGAUUCAGCCUUUUGAUUUUUUUUUCUGCUAAAAUCAAAGCUUACUCUCUCUCCACUUGGCCCCAAAAAAGAACUUCAGGAAUUUGGUGACAGAUGGUUGAAAUGAUUUCGCGGUAUUUGAUUAUUUUUGGUUGUUGUCGCGUUGCAGCUUGGAGAAAUGAUCGUUAGAUGGCGUCUGGACGAAGGUACAGUAGUUCCUGUAAAUGCUGUUCCAAUCAGCGUUUUUAUUGCUUGAAACAUUCCUUGCAGCAUCUUGAAAGGAUGACUCUCCUCGGUUACAAAUUCAGGAUUCAUUUGAGGCAGCUUCUUUUUUAGUGUGAUUCGGAACAAAUUCUUGGACUUUCCUGAAUGAUGGUUUUGGAUGAUUUUUUUAUUGCACUUCUGUCGAGGACAAUUUCGAAUGAUUAUGUGAUGAUGCUUAAUCGUGAGCCGAAAUUUGUCCGGUCGCAUUGGGUGCAAAAGGAACUGAUUUUUCGAUUCUUUAGGGGAGAGAGACCAAACUUGUCGAAUAGGAUUUAGACAAAAAAUGACCUUUUCAGACUGCUUAUCAAGAUGUUCAUCGUCGGAAGAAAAUUUGAAAUCAUUUUUAGAAUGAUGAAAGUUCCCUGAGCUUGGCGUCAUUUCGGAGCCAUUGUCGAUCGUGGUUUUCUUUCUCGAGGGCAGCCGUCGACAGGAUCUCGCCAGUAUUGCCGAAAUUUUUUCCGCGUCCAUUGUCGCACUUUCCAUGUUUUUCCCCUGAGAUUCAUUGUGAAAUGCAUUGGAAACAUGAUUUUGAAGCUGA